AUGGAUAACGGAGGGCCCGAACCCCCGCACCCCGAGAUCAACUCUCUCAUGCAGCGCAUCGGCGGGCAAUGGGCAGGCCAUGCGCUGCAGAAAUCCUUCCAACACGAAGUCGCCUACCUCCUCGGGCGCGGGAGAAACACGUCAUUCCCCGGCGCCCAACCCGUCUCCUUCUCGUCGGAACACAUACAGGAACUCAAGAGUCAAGACUACUACGUAUGCGAAAAGACCGACGGCCUGCGCUACCUCCUGUACCUCACGCAAGAUGGCGACAGGGACAUCCACUACUUUAUCGACCGACGAAACGACUACUGGUACGUGCCGAACCUGCACUUUCCGCACCACGAAGACAAGACCUUUCGGCGAUUUCACACCGGCACAAUACUGGACGGGGAGUUGGUCGAGGACAAGUACCCAGAUCGAGAGCCUGUCAUCAAGUUCCUCGUCUUCGACUGCCUGGUCUUGGACAGUGUGGUGUUUAUGCAGCGGCCGCUCGACAAACGCCUCGCCUACUUCCAGACGCACGUCCUCCAGCCGUACAAUGCCAUGUUCAAACAGCACCCCGAAUACACGAGGCCGUUCGUGCUCGAGGACAAACACAACGAGUUCAGCUACGCUCUGGAGAAGAUGUUCAAGGAAGUGAUUCCCAAGGUGAAACAGACGCACGGCAACGACGGCUUGAUCUUCACUUGUCGGGACGCACCCUACAAGAUGGGCACCGAUCCACAUAUCCUCAAAUGGAAACCACCGUCUGAGAACACGGUCGACUUCCUCCUCCGGAUCGAGUGGGCGAGAAUGGAGCCCGACCCGGACGAUCCAGACCAAUCCCCGCAGAUCGACUUUUACUCGUUCCCCGAGAAAUUCUCCCUCUUCAUCCACGUGGGCAGCAACGAGUACUCGUACAUCGAGGACAUGUACGUCGAGCCCCAGGAGUGGGAGGAGUGGAAGAACCUGAACCACCCGCUCCAAGACAUCAUUGUCGAAUGCUACCAGGACGAGCUGCAACGGUGGCGGUUCCAUCGGUUCCGACACGACAAGGAGAACGCCAACCACAUCAAAGUGUUCAAGAGCGUGAUUCGGUCGAUCCAGAGCCACGUGACCGAGCAGGACCUGUUGAACCACGCCCCGGAGAUCAGGACGGCCUGGAAACUUCGAGCCGAGGAGGAGAAGGAAAAGCGGAAGCGACUCGCCGCCGUUAAACAGGAGGGGUGA